AACGGCCCUCUAUUGUUCUGCUCCUUCCUUCCUAGAUCUGCGGGCGGCUUUUGAUAUUGUCUGUGACCACAUCGGGAGAGACUGGAGAAGACUGGCCCGGCAGUUGAAGGUUUCAGACACCAGGAUCGAUGGCAUCGAGGAAAGGUACCCUCGCAGCCUGAUGGAGCGCGUGAGGGAGUCGCUGAGGAUCUGGAAGGACGCAGAGAGGGAGAAGGCCACGGUGGAGCGCCUGGUGGAGGCGCUAAGGGCCUGCCAGAUGAACCUAGUAGCUGACCUGGUGGAGGAGGAGCAGCAGGCCCGGGCAUCCAGAAGGGAGAGCGAGGCUGUGUCCUCGAUGUCCUGGGACUGAGACAUGUCUACCAUGGAGGGUCCUUGGCAGCCCAGCACCUCACAGACCUGAGCUGGAAUACAGCACAUCUGACUCUCAAGCCCACGUCAGCCUGCUGCUGUCUCCACUGCUGGCCUGGGGCAUUCCGGUGGACCUGACUGCAGGGUUGGGUGGCCUCCCGGUCCAGGAGUCAGGAUGUCCAUGCAGCUCAGGGUCCCUGCAGCUUGCCAAGCGGGAACAGCGGUGGCUGUGCGGGAUGGAGGGUCUGGUCUUCCUGACCAGUUCCGUCGUUGCUUUGUCAAGGCCUCCAUCCAAAUCCCUUGGCAGCAGAGCUGUCAAGGGCAGGGCCUGCGGCUGCAGCAGCCCCUCUGCUCCUCAGGCUGUGUCAUUCCCACAGGUGCCUCAACCCUGGAGCCCUCUGCGCCACGGGGUUCCUGUUUCUGCCAAGGACUCAUUCCCAGCGUCUUCAAGUGCUGUUGCAGCUGAUGUUCUGUGUCACCGAGCCCACCGCGUGCUCAACCCUCGUGUGGAUAGGGAAAGGAGUUUUCUCAGGGCUCACGCCCACCAGCAAUGAACACUGACCCUGUCACAGAGGCUACCUUGCCACCGGGGACAAGCCAGACAAACAUCAUUAAUGCCAGCUGUGAUCUAGGGUUGCUAAGGUCUUAGCCACAGUCUGAGGGAGCACUGUUCCACUGAGGUGGGACAUGAACCUUAAAGGCCCUUCAGGCCCCCAACCUGCCCUGGGACCUGACUCUGCCAGGACAAGGCUUUAAGAAUCCCAAGACUCCACUGCUGGUCUUCCCCAGGACAGGGAGAAGAUGGGGCAGCCCCUGGCAGCCAAGGCACAAGCAGAGUGAUGGGCAGACUUGCACAUACAUCCCCUUCAAGGUGGCGUUUGGGCAUGCCGCCAUCCUAGCACUGUGCAGGUCCUUCCUAAAACAAAAGGGAAAGUGAAUAGGAGCAGCCAGGUGUGUUGGUAAAUGCCUGUAAUCCCAGCACUCUAGAGACAGAAACAGGCAGGUUGCCAACCUUGGCUACAUAGCAAGAUCAUGGCUCAAAGAAAGCACAAAUGGUCAGGCACUGUUGGUUCAUGUCUGUAAUCAUAGCUACUCAGGAGGCUGAGAUUGGAGGAUCUCAGUUUGAAGCCAGCCCAGGCAGG